AGAUUUUAUCCAGUGCCGAAGAAAAGUACACUUUCCGCCAACGGUUGCGUUUUGGUGGGAAUUUCAAGUUGCUUCCACAGCUCACCACCAGUCUUCGCUGCUGUUCACUGCCAUUUUUCUUGUUUUGAUCAACAAACUGCCACGUUUUUCCCUGUUAACAGCCCCAAAAAGCCCCCUCAUAGUGUUUCUGGUAGCUUGAAGUAAGAGUUAAGGACUCGUUCUGGGUGAAGAUUCAGAAAAGUGUGCAGGAUUUGUGAAACAUCGUUGAGAAAUGGCUCUCAAUCUUUACUUCUCAAAGAACGUCUUCCAGCGCCUCCGGGUGAUGAAGACAUCCUUCAAGGGUUGUCUGUACGGCGUCCGGACACACGAAUGUCUCCUGGUGCUGGGAUUCACCGUCAGUCAGACUCUUGACGACGGCACGUUUGCCAAAGUGGAUGACGGCUUCAAUGUGAUCAGGGACAACUUGCCGGCUGGCGUGGAUUUCCUGGGAUACGUUACCGUGACGUCUGACGAAUUACCAACCGCUGGGAAGACGAAGGAAGGCAAUACAGACUCGAUUGUGCUGAUUUGCAAUAUUCAGGAGGAGUUCAAAGUCACCGUCGUCCGGAUGGGCAAAGGGGGCUUCAAGGAGAUUCCCUACGAGACGCUGGAGCACACUGAAGUGCUGGAGAAAUUGUACCUGGUCAGGAUUCAGUACAGAACCAAUGUGCUGGUGGAAGCCACUGCGCAGGCUGUCAAGGACUGCUUCGCGAGGCUGACGGCGGAUUUUGCGUCCGGAAAGCUAUGUUUUCACGUGAAGGAAGCCGAGGUGUUCAUUGGGCGAGACAAGAAGGGGCGGAAAUCCACCUUUGCCGAUAUUCUUAGCCACGAGAGUCAGGGAGGAAAGGGGAAAGGCAAGAAAGAGCUGUCAGACUUCCGGACAGUGAAUGUGAGGACUUUGAUGGCGAAAACGGAGGAGAUGAGUAUAUCCGUGAAGAAAUCCUCAUUCAGGAUUGCGUUCAGCGACACUGAGAAGCUCUCCAUUCCAGUUAUGCUCGAAGGAGUCGCUCUGGCGGCUCCUGGACAGGCGACAAGCAGUCUCUAUGAGCUCUUUGUGGAGAGUUUGUUGAGGAAUCUGGCGCUUGUCGAGGAUGCAAUCGUCAGGGGACUAGAUCAGAAGCUGGACUUUCUCUCCCUGCGUCCCUACAAUGCCAGGAUGCUGAACUUUCCUCACACAUUCCUCUGCGUCUGGCCACAGAAGGUCGACGAGGGCAAUGCACUGCUGAAGGACAGACGCAGGAUCUUCCACAAAGUCCUGGGCUUGCCAGUCACCAGACCCUUCUUCCGUCGCUCGAAUGCUGUGCCCCAGGCGGACGGCGGAGUGUUGCUGAACACCCACGUGGGCCUGAAGGCCGCUCAGCCGGGCUGGCAGCAGCAUCUGGUGCAGGGAAGUUACGGAUACUAUCAUUACAUGCAGCAGAACUACAAUGACUCGGGCUGGGGUUGCGCCUACCGCUCGCUGCAAACCAUCUUCUCCUGGUUCAAGUACCAGGGCUACACGGAGCAGCCCAUUCCCAGCCACUACGACAUCCAGGAGGCUCUGGUGAGCGUGGGCGACAAGCCCAGGGCCUUCCUUGGCUCCAGUCAGUGGAUUGGCUCGACGGAGGUGUCGCUGUGCCUUGAGAAAUUCCUUAACAUCUCCUCGAGGAUCAUGUACGUGCAGUCUGGCAAGGACUUGGCUGAUAAGGGCGCCGAGCUGGCUAUGCACUUUGAGUCUCAGGGCUCUCCCAUCAUGAUUGGUGGCGGCGUCUUGGCGCACACCAUCAUCGGCGUGGACAAUAACCGCGAAACCGGCGAGACGAAAUUCCUCAUCCUCGAUCCACACUACACGGGCGCCGAGGACUUGCAGGUGAUCCAGCAGAAGGGCUUCUGCAACUGGAAAACCGGCAACUUCUGGGAUAAGAAGACCUUCUACAACCUCUGCAUGCCAAUCAGACCCAUCGAGUUCUAAGCUUCGCUCAA